CGGCCGCUCGUAACUCCGCCUCUUCCGGCGCGCGGCCCGUCAUGGCGCAGGGUCAGCGCAAGUUCCAGGCGCAAAAGCCGGCUAAGAGCAAGGCCGCGGCGGCAGCCUCGGAACGGAACCGCGGGCCGAGAAAAGGCGGUCGGGUGAUCGCCCCCAAGAAGGCGCGCAUCGUGCAGCAGCGGAAAAUCAAGAAGGACCUGGAGAUCGGGAUCCGGAAGAAGAUCGAGCACGACGUGGUGAUGAAAGCCAGCUCCAACCUGCCCAAGAAGCUGGCGCUGCUGAAGGCCCCGCUCAAGAAGAAGGGGACCACUGCCUCCCGCAAGACUUCUUCCUGAAGAGGUGAAUUCACAGGCUGCCCCUUGGGCAAGGGACCCAUCCGCCGCCACUGGUGGCACCUGGAGCCUGGGAGGAACUACAGGCUUAGCCGCUCAGGGUCCGAGGGGGAGGGAGUGUCAGCGUCCUCCCCUCCCCAGUCCUGUCUCCACUGGCUUAACCCAGACAAUAAACGUGGCUUUGUCA